AUGGUGCCGGCGAACGUCAAUUGCGGUGGGCCCGGCCUCCGGUCAAGCAAUCUGGGGAGAGGUCUGCCUUGUGCAGAAGUUCCGAAUCGACCUCGGGUUGAGCAUGAUGAGCAUGUUGGGCUCUUCACCCCUACUGCGGGGCAAUACUUCCGCGACGAGCAGCGCCGCCGCCACUCACAGUACGACGGCGGCGCUCGCCUGGCUGAACUGGAGGAGAUUUCUUACGGCGUCAGACAUCACCCAGAGACUAUCCUGAUUUUUGAUCUUUUUUUUUUUUCCAAAAGUCAUCUUGAGCUUUGGAGAAAAUCUCGAGGCCUUUGGCUCAACGGCCAGAGCCAGGCUUCUGAGGACCUCUUCGUUGAUGGUGACCUUGCUCAGGGUAGCACUCUUUCGGCGACGGCUUCAUCCUUCCAGCCUCGCGGAAAGCCACAAGCUUCUUCCUUCCAACCCAUUGGUCAGAGAUUCAAGGGAAAGAAUGCACUCGUGUUCUACCCAGAGGGUAGUCCCACUGUUGCUGGCGCUCUGAGCCAGGAUAUGGACAUCUCAGCCGACACAGAUCAUACUUCCGACAACCUCACACUGAACCCCCAGCCUGCCUCGUCAACAUCUUCCCCAACUUUACUCUGUUCAUACCCUCCCCGACACACUGGGUUCAACAACAUCGUCGACCUUGGUGAGCUCAUCGCCGGACGUGAUGCCCGGACCACCAUCAUGCUUCGAAACAUCCCGAACAAGGAUGGCCAACCUCCUUCGGCGCAAGUUGCCGGCGUCUCUCUUUCGGGAGGCCCGGUUGCUUGUUUCGACUCAGGUUGGCCGGAAUUGUUUGGUGACUUGGUGGUGAGCCGCUUCGCCCCCCGUCGCAAGGCGGGUGAGUGA